GCUACCAGAUUGACAUUUGUUGGAUAUACGUGUGGUAGAUCGGACGUGUUUUUAUAUUUUUCACAAGUUGCAAGUUAAAGAUUUUCUGUGGGCUAGAUUCUAUGUAAAUCAUUCGAUUCGUUGUUCUAUAUACCCUGAUUCGAUUAGUCACAAGUCAAAUCAAGAACCAGGUUGUUACGACCCGCCAGUCGUCUCCUGUGCAGUCGGUCUGAGUCGGCGCCGCCAUGUCGGACGUGCUGGACAUUCUCGAGGUGGACCGCGGCGGCGCGGCCUCCUCCGAGAUCAACCGUGAGAAGAUCAUCGGCCCGCAGCGGGUGGCCAAACGGCCGGGCGCGCCGCGCGGCAGCCGCCGGCCCGAGGGCAUCAACCGAGAGCUGUACGCGCUGCUCUACUCGGACAACAAGGAGCACCCGCCGCUCUUCCCCACCGAGGAUGUCAACAAGGGCUACAAGCAGACCAAGGCGAAGCUGGGGAUGCGCCGGGUGCGCCCGUGGCGUUGGACGCCGUUCACGAACCCGGCGCGGUCAGACGGCGCCGUGCUGCACCACUGGCGGCGCGUAGCCGACGAGGACAAGGAGUACGCCUUCGCCAAGUUCAACAAGAAGGUGGACGUGGUGUCUUUCACGGACCAGGAGUACCAGCGUCAUCUGCAGGCAGACGGCUGGUCCAAGGCCGCGACCGAGCACCUCUUCGACCUCUGCCGCCGGUUCGACCUCAGGUUUAUUGUGAUGCAGGACCGCUGGGACCGGGCCAAGUACGCCGACCGAUCGGUGGAGGACCUCAAGGGCCGCUACUAUAGUAUCUGCAGCACGCUCAACAAGCUGCGAGCCGAGCCGGGACAGCCGCAGACCAAGGAGUUUGUCUAUGAUGCCGCCCACGAGCGGCGCCGGAAACAGCAGCUGAAGCGACUCUUCAGCAGGUCACCCAAACAGAUCGAGGAGGAGCAGCACCUGCUGGCCGAACUGCGGAAAAUCGAGGCCAGGAAGCGGGAGCGCGAGCGGAAGACUCAGGACCUGCAGAAGCUGAUCAACUCGGCCGACACGGAGCACCGGCGGCUGCACAAGACGCCGGGCACCGUCAAAAAGAAGGUGGUCCACGUCGGAAACAAGCCGCCCAGGGACCGACUCGACAGUGCAUCGAGCGGCGCGGGCGACGCCGGCGGCAGUAUCAAGUUUCCGGACCUCCGCGGCAGCGGCGUCAGCCUGCGCUCGCAGAGGAUGAAACUGCCGGCCAGCAUCGGACAGAAGAAGGCCAAGGCCAUCGAGCAGCUGGUCCAGGAGCUCGGCAUCGAGAUGAGCCCUAUGCCGACCGAGGAGAUAUCCAGCCAGUUUAACGAGCUGCGGAACGACAUGUUACUGCUCUACGAGCUGAAGAUGGGCCUCAGCUCGUGUGAGUUUGAGCUGCAGACGCUCAAACACCAGUACGAGGCGCUCGCUCCGGGAAAGACGCUCGACAUUCCGUCUUCCAUCGCGCCGAGCGGGUUGGACAUAAACCGGCCAAAGACGAUCUCUCAGGUGCUCGACAUUCACAGCUCGCAGGGCACACCCACGAGGAAACGGAAGGCGGCGCUGGAGCAGAGCAAGGUGCUUCACAAGAUCAAGGCGCGGACGUGAUCUCUACCCGCCCUCGGGAGAGGGCUCACGCUCGCGAGUGGUGUUUGCGAACACUGAGCGAGGCUGGGCGCCGCCAGCGCCGGGGCAGUGUGGGCGUAUGGCCCCGCGGGCCGCCGCGAGCGGAGAACACGGGAACUGUGCACCGGUGGCCCCGCACCCCGUGAAACUACUGGCAGUGGAGGAUCCACGAUCGACUCGGAAGAGGAGCUCUUCCGCAGUCAGGGCGCCCGACCCAAGGUCUGGAACCCGCUCGCGAUACAAGACUGCCGGACUCCGAGACUUAAAACUGCUCACGAGCGCAGUGUUCGGAAAUAAGUGAGAACUGUUCCGAGAGAUGUGUUCAGUGUGGAAGACUGCCGGCCGGACCGGCACAAGCCCGUGAUGACGGACGCUGAAGGCGACCUCUGAAGAGCGCCUGUGGUGUGGGGUGUACCAUCUCUGCGCCACAGCAGCCAAUACAGACUCGCGGCUGUA